AUGCAACAGCGCCUCAUCUCUGUCGAGGAGAUCACCAAACACUCCUCAGUCGACGACUUGUGGCUAGUCGUGGACGGUACAGUCUACGAUGUCACGGCAUUUGCACCUAAUCACCCCGGCGGCGUCAACAUACUCUUACAGUACGCCGGCAGAGAUGCGACCAAGGCGUACUCGGAGGUGCACUCUUCCUCUCUCAUCAAGACGACAUUGCCAUCGGCUUGCCAUGUGGGAAGACUCGACACAAACACAAUCACAGAAUCGUGGAGUACACCGCCGAGUAAGAGCACCUCACCACAAGAUAAAGGCGAGAUCCUAAAGCCGCCGCUGGACAGUCUCAUAUGCGCUCAUGACUUUGAGCUGGCAGCUGAAAAGAGCUUUACUCCCAAGGCGUGGGCCUUUGCCUCUUCGGCUGCCACGGACUGCUAUACGCGGGACAGGAAUCGCGAGGCAUAUCGCGACAUCAUCUUGCGUCCACGUAUCUUGCGGAACGUAAAGGAUGUGGAUAGGAGCACGAGCAUGCUGGGAUUCAAGAUGAAGAGCCCAAUCUUUUGCUCCGCGACUUCAAUGGGCAAGAUGUUCCACCCCCAGGGCGAGAGGGAGAUUGGACGGGCGUGCAAGAGCCUCGGCAUCCCGCAAAUGGUGUCGACGAGCGCUUCGUAUCCGUUUUCCGAAAUCAUGGACGCACACGAGCAAGUCGAGCUGGCCAGCCACGAGGAGACACCCGUCUUUUUCCAGUUAUACAUGAACAAGGACCGCAAGAAAUCUGAAGAGCAGCUCAAACAGGUGACGGAGCGGGGCGCCAAGGCCAUUUUCCUCACGGUAGACGCACCAGUCACGGGCAAGCGCGAGGCCGACGAGCGCAUCAAGGCCGACGAGAGCGUCGCCUCUCCCAUGACGGGACUGCAGGCCAAGAAUGACAAGAAGGGCGGCGCGCUAGGUCGCAUCAUGGGCAGCUUUAUUGAUCCCACGACGGUAUGGGACGAUAUCAAAUGGAUCCGCCGGUGCGCACCUGGCGUGCCUGUGGUGCUCAAGGGGGUCCAAACUGCGGCCGAUGCGGUCAAGGCAAUGCAUGCUGGCGCCGACGGGAUUCUGCUUUCCAACCAUGGCGGACGCAGCCUAGACACGUCGCCAGCCACCAUCUUGGUUUUGCUAGAAUUACAAAAGUGUUGUCCACAGGUCUUUGAUCACCUCGAGGUCUAUGUCGACGGCGGUGUUUCAAGAGGAACCGACAUUUUCAAGGCCUUGUGUCUGGGCGCCAAAGCUGUUGGGAUUGGUCGAGGGUUUUUAUAUGGCCUCAACUAUGGCAAAGAGGGUAUUCAACAUUAUAUUGACAUUCUCAACGACGAGCUGGAGACGACAAUGCGCAUGUGUGGUGUCACGAGUCUCGAUCAGGUUCAUCCCGGACUUUUACACACUGGUGCCGUCGAUCAUUUGAUCCCUUCCGGGGAAGACCAUCCUUAUGCCAGAUGGCAUCCAAAAGUGAAGAGCAGGUUAUGA